AUGAACAACAAGCUGGUUGAGAUACACUCUAAACUAGAGUCAUUGACUUCAAGAGUCCAAAUCAUUGAGUCUUCAAGUGCAUCAUCCUCUUCACCACAAGAGUAUGCCCAAGCAGUUACACUAAGAAGUGGAAAGCAAUUCCCGAGUAGAGGUAGCCCACCCCAAAUCGCUGUGGACAUCGAUGACGAGGAAGGGGAGGAUUUAGUCGACUAUGCUGAUAACUCGACUCCGAACUCGAUCGAGCUGGAACAAAAUCCUGAACCAGAACUCGAUCGAUCGAGCUGA